AUGCCUACGCGCACUCGACAUUCUCUUACUGCUACGACUCAAGUUGCUGAGCCUGAGGAAGAAUCGAGUGGCCUCCGUCGCCUAAGGUUUAACGAGACGCUCUCAUGGCGGGCUGGUCGAGCGAUUCCGGUUGCAGACUUGUUGGAGAGGCUGGAAUCGCUCGCGCUUGAACUGCGACAACUAGACCAGGAAGAGACGGAUAAGGACUCGCUGAAAAAGGUAUCCCAGGAGCUGGCAAGCGGGCAUUUGCUAGGGCACCGAGAUAAGGGUGUGCGCGCAUGGACGACUUGUUGCGUCGUGGACAUUUUGCGCCUCUGCGCGCCAAAUGCCCCCUUUACGGGUAAUCAGCUAAAGGAUAUAUUUACCACCAUCGUCACCUCGAUAAUUCCUGCCCUCGCAGAUCCCUCCAAUGCAUAUAAUGAACAGCACGUAUACGUUCUUUCGUCCCUUGCAGAUGUCAAAAGUAUCGUGCUUUUGACAGAUCUGGAUGCGCCUGAUACCCUGAUUCUCCCGCUGUUUUCGUCAUGCUUCGAUAUCGUAUCCGGCUCAUCAAAAUCAUCCACGGGCGAGGAACUAGCAAAGAAUGUGGAAUAUGACAUGACACGGCUUCUGGUACCUAUUAUUGAUGAAUCGUCAGUACUUGCGCCGGAAAUCAUUGAUGUUAUUAUCGCACAAUUCCUGCGCGUUGAUCCGCGGAUCGUCGAGCACACUUCCAGCAGCAAAAGCAAGAAACACGGUGCGCAUGUGGAUGCAAAACAAGGGACAUUACUCCUGAAAGAAUACCCCCCUGCUUAUAACAUGGCUAAGGCCAUAUGCAGCGCUUGUCCUGAAAAGAUGACGAGCUAUGUGAGCCAAUAUUUCAACAACGUGAUUGUAGAUGCUUCAGGUUCUACGGAGACGAAUGGGCUACCGAAGGUGCAUCAUCGUGCAGGCAUUGAUGAUUCCGACGACGAGGCAGAAAAUAUUAAAGAGCUAAGCAAGGCGCAUCGUCUUAUACGAGAGGUGUGGCGUGCUUGUCCGGAUGUGCUUCAAAAUGUGAUCCCACAACUAGAAGCGGAAUUGUCCGCAGAAUCUGUAUCAUUACGACUUCUCGCCACGCAAACAAUCGGCGAUGUCACAGCUGGCAUCGGUGUCGCGGGCCCUCCAACGCCGCCGCCCAUGGAUCCAGCUGCCUAUCCGCCAGCAACAUUGACAGGCGAAUCUCAAAUCACGCAACCGAAUGCUCUACUCCUACCACUCGCUCCUAAACCCUUUUCGCAAGCCCAUUCCACCGCGUACCAAAGCUUUCUUAGUCGACGCCAGGAUAAAUCUGCAUCUGUACGGGCUGCUUGGGCUACGGGGAUCGGUCGAAUCAUACUAACGUCCGCUGGUGGCUCUGGGCUCAGCACCAAUGAAGAGCAAGAUUUGGUUAAAAGUCUAGCAAAAAUGCUUGGAGAUGCGGAUGAAAAGGUCAGGAUUGCUGCAGUUGAAGUCAUCGGGACAUUUGGUUUCUCAGACACUGUCAAAAAACUUGGUAUCAGUGGUGGAAUUUCUGAUCAAGAUUCUGUUCUUUCCAUUUUGGCUGAGCGUGUUAAGGAUCGAAAACGCACUGUCCGUGAGCAGGCCAUGAAAAUACUAGCACGUAUAUGGGGGGUCGCAUCUGGUGAAAUCGAGGCGAAUAAUGAGCAAGUUGCAAUGGUUCUAAAGGACAUUCCCUCUCGAAUUAUCGACGCUUAUUACACGAAUAAUCUUGAUAUUCAACUUCUCCUUGACCAUGUAAUAUUCGAAAUUCUUCUACCACUGAAUUAUCCUCCCCUAAAGUCAAAACCUCUCAAAGGCGAUUCGAGUCAGUUGCGAAAAUUGAAAAACUCAACCCGGGAAGCUGAGGGUUAUACUGAGGCUGAUAUUGAAAUGAUACGUGUUCGACGAAUUCUUACACUGGUUAAGGGUCUAGACGAACGGGCAAAAAAGGUAUUCUUCGCCUUGCAAGCUCGUCAAUUAAGCAUGAGGACAUUUAUGACUUUCUACUUGACCGCCUGUGAGGACUACAAUGGCGGUGUGAUGGACAAUGAUGAGGAAAUUACCAAGUCGAAAUUAUCUAAAGUCAUUGAUAACCUGGCCAAAAUGCUUCCAGACCAAGCCAAAGCUUCGGCGGACCUUUGGAAAUUUGCAAAAAUGCAUGACAGGCGCAACUACCAGCUUAUUCGGUUCGCUAUGGCUGUCGUGAGUGAUUACCGAACCGUAACAAAGGCCAUCAGGGAAUUAUCCAAGCGGAUCACAGCAAACACCUCUGCUUCUACGAGUUUGCUCGAGACAUUAACUCCGUUGGUUUACCGAAGCAGCUCCCUAAUCUUCAACCGAAGUCAUAUCCCUGCGAUUAUGGACUUGUCAAGAAGUGACGAAUUCGGGCUUGCGAAUACCGCACAUGAAAUACUCAGAGAAACUUCAUCCCAAAACCCGGAAGUUCUCGAAGCGCAUGUCCAAGAUAUGUGCAAAGACCUGGAAUCUCAUGCGCCAAGCGCGAAGCAAUCAGAUGAGGCGGGCGUUGAGGAGGUAUUAAAAGCUUGCGCCGGGUUCGCGAAGAAGCUACCUACUAAACUUCCCACGGAGCGCAAAUUUUUAAUUGCUCUUACCAAUUACGCCCAAUACAGCUCGUCGCCCAAAGCGGCGAAACAUGCCGUCUCGAUUAUCAUGGCCACAUCGGAUAAGAAGCAGAUGUAUGCGAAAGACCUAAUAAAGAAGUCAGUCCAGAACUGCACAUACGACUCACCACACUUUCUAUCCAAACUUGCAACGAUAUCCCAAAUCAAUCUUCUUGCUCCAGAGAUUGCAGAUGAAAAAAGUGAUGCGAUCAUCUCUAUCGCUACGAAUGAUAUACUAUUCAAUAAUCGGUCAUCAAAACCGUCCGCUGAGUACACGUGGUCUGAUGAGAUAGAUGAUGAGACGUCUGCUAAGGAAUGGGCCCUUAAGAUCCUCGUGAACAGAGUCCGUGCCAAGCAACGCAUAGAAGAUGAACAGACUUUCCGUUCUUGUGCUGAACCUGUUUACAAAAUCCUCAAUACCCUUGUUGCCAACAACGGAGAACUUUCUGAGAAACACAAUUCUCCAGCAACUCAAAAGCCAAGACUUCGUUUACUUGCCGCAAAACUUAUCAUCAAACUUAGUAGCGCUCACUCAAUCUGCGAAAAGAUGCUGACCCCGACGGAUUUCAAUGUUGUCGCCCUGGUUGCGCAGGAUCAAUUGGAGCCCGUGAGGUCGAGUUUUAUUGGACAGCUAAAGAAGAAACUUACGCAAACGACGCACUUGGGUACAAGAUGGUAUGCUGUUGCCUUCCUCCUGGCGUUUGAACCAAAUAAAAACCUCAAGGAGAGCACACUUACCUGGCUACGAUCUCGAACACAUUUCUUUACCCGCCUGUCGCAAAACAAUGACAAGGGAUCAGACCAGCAAACAGUCAUGGAAUCACUGGUUGCACGUCUUCUUUCCCUUCUAGCAUACCAUCCUGAUUACCCCCCUGAAUCAUCUGAUGAGUCUACUAAAGUGGAUGACCUCGCGGAUUUUGCUCGAUACAUACUUUUCUACCUUUCUGCAGUUGCCAACGAAAACAACCUUUCCCUUAUUUUCCACAUCAUACAACGAGUUAAGCAAGUUCGAGACGCCAUCACCGGCUCAGCAUCGAUGUCCACUCGCCUGUAUACUCUCUCAGACCUUGCGCAGGCGACCACCCGUCGCUUCGCAGAAUUAUACUCCCAACAGCAUAAAAUCGGUGGCGGUGGUGGCAGUGGAGCAGCCAAUAUUCUCCAAACUUAUCCUGGCAAAAUGCGGCUCCCAAGUUCACUCUUUACAACUAUACCGAUCCACAGAGAAGCAGUUUCUAUUGCAGAGAAAAAUUACUUAGCAGAGGAGGUUGACGAUAAGCUCGACCGCAUUGUCCGAUUGUUCAUGAAGCCAAGAACCCAGUCAGUGUCUAACGUGCAGAGUCAAGCACGAAAACGGAAGGCAGAUUUACCAUCUAUGGACAAGACUAGUGGAUUAAAAAGGGAGCGCAGAGAUAAGAAACAGAAGGCUCUCCCAAUUCGGAAAACUUCAAUUUCAGAAACGGGUGUAAAGCCUGCCAAGCGGAGGAAGACGAGCGACGAAGAUGAUUGGGAUGGUGGCGGAAGGCCAGGUGAGACGGAAUCAAAUGCCCGCCGUAGAAGCGGUCGGGAAAUCAAAACCCAUGUUUCCUACGCUGAAAGGGAUAGUGAUGAGGACGAUAUGAAAAUGGCGGAGUCGGAAGAGGAAGACAGUAGCGCUGAAUCAGAGAACGAGGGUAGUGGUCGGAAGGAAUCACCCAAAGCAGAAGAGGAACCAGAAGACAAAGUGACUGAAGACGAAGAGGAAGGUUGGGACAACGCUACCCCUGAUUCCUUUUCUGGCAACCAAGACGAAUCAAUGGAAGAUGUCCAGAUAUCUUCCCCGGCCCCACAGCCGAAAUCUAAGCGCCAAAUGCCUAUGAGAAAACAACGGCAGCAAGCCGAAUCUUCUUCGCCUGUUACUAUUACUCAAGGCCAGGGCAGAGAGGAAAAGAGAAAUACAUAG